AUGCAAUCGAAAAUUCUCAUUGGUGUUUUGGUGGUCGUUCUCGGCGUUGGAGUCUCCCACGGUGGUUGGAGCAGCGGUGGCGGCGGCGGCGGUUGGAGCAGCGGCGGCGGAGGUGGUUGGUCCUUGGGAGGUGGAAGCUCAUCCGGUUGGCCUAGCAGCGGUGGUUGGUCUUCUGGUGGUGGCGGUGGCGGCUGGAAAAGUGGUGGAGGUGGCAGUUCUGGUUGGUCCUCCGGAGGCGUAACCAAAAAAAUCAUUCUGGUCCCCUCAAGCAGCGGAUGGUCGUCGGGAGGAUCCUCUGGUUGGCCCAGCAGCAGUGGUUGGUCGUCCAGUGGUGGGGGUGGCGGCAGUGGAUGGAAGAGCGGCGGCGGUAGCUCUGGCUGGUCAUCGGGUGGAGGAAUCAAAAAAAUUAUUUCCACUUCAUGGCCCUCAAGUGGUGGCUGGUCCUUGGGUGGUGGCGGGGGCGGAUGGCAAUCGGGUGGUGGCGGCAGCAGCGGCUGGAAGAGCGGCGGUGGCGGCGGCUCCGGUUGGUCCUCAGGUGGCAGCAAUGGCUGGAGCUGGUAA